AUGGGUACACAAGGGGAGGACGAAAUGAAUAUCGAUUAUAAUUAUGGAAAUCAAAAAGAUCCUGAUGGAAAUUUUCAGAUAGAACAUGGAAAUGCAGAGAACAAAGAACAAGACUUUAAUGACUAUCAAUAUGUAUCUCGUAAAAAUCGAAAAAGAAGAAAUGACAUAAAUGAUCAGGAGCAUACCACGAAUUCUAUAUAUUCUCCAAAACGUAGGCUUACGGAUCAAUCCAAGGGCAGUACUAGAGAAAACAAUCAUACAUUGAAUAAGAAAAGUGGUGAAUCAUCAAUACGUAAACAAAUUUAUGAAUCAACGAGUAGAAAACAUCAUACACGUGAAUUUUUUCCACCAUUUCGUAUUAUUAUAAAGGAUGAUCAAUAUCCACCACAAGAUGUCGUAAUAAUCAAAGAACUAAAUAAAAAAUGUAAAUUGAACCUUACAUAUGGUCGCAUGUCCUCAUCGAAAACCAACAAAUGUUAUCUACUCUAUUGCAAUACAUCAGCUCAAUUCGAAUACUUUCUAGAUAAAUCGAACUGGCCCGACAAGAUUUGCGACUGUGAUUACACGUUUGAUUCACCAACUAGAAUUCCGUCAUCAUAUUCUAUUGUGAUGCUGAAUGUUCCUACACAAUGGGAUGUAUCAAAUUUUUGUGACGAACUAAAAUUACAAUAUAAAACUAUUAUUAAGGGUGAACGUCUAUAUGUUCGGGGCGCACGCCCCAUUCCUAAAAUUCGAAUAGACUUCUCUUCAAACAAGGAACUUUUGAAAAUAUUACAAAGUAAACGAAUGUUGCUUGACGAUGAAAAUACAUCUUAUCCAAUCGAACCGUAUGUAGCACCUCCUCGUAUACUCAGGUGCUAUAUCUGUCAACAAUAUGAUGAUCACAUAGCAGCACACUGUCCUAAUAAAGACAAACCAAUAUGUUUCAAAUGUGGUGAACAACAUCAAUAUAAUCCAGAAUGUCAAAAUAAAAUUUGCUGCGUGCACUGUAAAGGGGAUCACCUUGCUGGCAAUCCUAAUUGUCCGAAGAAAAUUGAAACUCGUGAGUUAAAGAAAUAUCAAGCUAAACCACUAACGUUACCAUCAUCCUACUUAGUAAAUUCAAAUAAGUGGACAGGAAAUAGUGCACAACAUCUUUUUGGAAAUGCAUCAGCAACGUCCAAACAAGUAAACAAUAAUAUCAAUAAAAACGAUUUUCCACUACAGCUGUUGGACACAAUGCAUUCAAAUAUACAAAGUGUACUACAACAACAAGUAGAAUUGAAUAGACAUAUAAAAGAACAAACUACACAAUUAAAUUGCCAAGCAAAUGAAAUUAUUAAAAUCAAUCGAACUCUUCAUGAAGUCAUAUGUCCAUUGUUAAAAGAAGUAACACAAAUAAUAUAUGCACAGAGUAACUCACAUCAAAAACGACAAAUUGAUUCUCCAUAUAAUAAGUUGGUAGAUUACCUUAAUCAAAAAGACUUAAAUCAAUCGCUAGUAAACUUAGCGCAAAUAAACACAGUAUUACAACAACAACAACAACAAAACACAACCAAUACGACAGCUCCAUCAAAUGACAUUACUACUCAUACAAAUAAUGAAUCCGAAUUCUAA